AUAGUCACACUAACUUCCCUCUCUCCUCUGUUUGGGGUUUUCUUCAUUCGUUACUCUUUUCUUCGUUCUGCCGCCGCAACGGUGCAACCUACCAAGCUCCAAAUCCAAUGGCUUCAGAGAAGAAACUUUCAAACCCAAUGAGGGAGAUCAAGGUUCAGAAGCUCGUUCUCAACAUCUCAGUUGGUGAAAGUGGAGAUCGUCUCACCAGAGCUGCCAAGGUGCUUGAGCAACUCAGCGGUCAAACCCCAGUGUUUUCCAAAGCAAGGUACACUGUUCGUUCAUUUGGGAUUAGACGUAAUGAGAAGAUUGCAUGCUAUGUCACUGUUAGAGGUGACAAGGCAAUGCAACUUUUGGAGAGUGGUUUGAAGGUGAAGGAAUAUGAACUUCUGAGAAGGAACUUCAGUGAUACUGGCUGUUUCGGCUUUGGUAUUCAGGAGCAUAUUGAUUUGGGAAUCAAGUAUGAUCCUUCAACUGGUAUUUAUGGAAUGGAUUUCUACGUUGUUCUGGAGCGUCCUGGGUAUCGUGUGGGACGUCGCCGAAGGUGCAAGUCUCGUGUUGGGAUUCAGCACCGUGUCACAAAAGAGGAUGCUAUGAAGUGGUUCCAGGUGAAGUAUGAGGGAGUAAUCCUUAACAAGGCCCAGACAAUUGUUAGUUAGACUGAUUUCUCUUUAGAAGUGUGUUACCAGUUUUGUCAACUGUAGUUUGGUCUUUCUGGGAUAGUAUCUUUAAUUUUGAGGCAGGUCUUGAGUCAAUGUUUUUGUCAUUUAAGCACAUGGAUUAACAAUAGCCCUGUUAAAAUGACACUUGUUGCAAGAAAUUGUGAACCCCUAUUUAUGCAAUUAUGCUU